GUUUUAGAAGCAAAGCGAGGAGUAAGUGAGAACCGCGGACGCACGGGGUGGCCCCUCUCUCUCACACUCCCUCUCUCUCUCUCUCUCUCUCAACCGUCUCAGUCCCUAGGGUUUGGUCGCAGCCGGAAUAAAAAAUCGAAGGAAAGGUAUUAUCACUGAGCAUAUAAUCUACAUCUGUUGUGAGUGAUGAUUAAUGAAUGACCAAAACAGAAGACAAAAUAAUAAUGAGGAAAUGGUUUCAUCUGAUGAUGACCGAUUGGCCACUGAGGCUGUGGAGAAAGUGACAGAUUCAGAGCAGAAGAAGAAAAAAAGAAGAAGAAGAAGCAUAAGGACAAAGACAGCGAUUUUGACAAAAACUUCAUGAUCAAGCCCCAGAGCUCAACUCCCUCCUUGGACACCUCUCAGUGGCCUAUCCUUCUCAAAAACUAUGACCGACUCAAUGUUCGAACUGGACACUACACCCCUCUACCCUCAGGGUUCUCCCCCCUUAAGAGGCCUCUUGCUGAGUACAUCCGAUAUGGUGUUCUCAAUCUUGACAAGCCUGCAAACCCCUCUUCUCACGAGGUUGUUGCUUGGAUUAAGCGCAUCCUUCGCGUUGAGAAAACUGGCCACAGCGGUACUCUGGAUCCUAAGGUUACAGGUAAUCUCAUUGUCUGCAUUGACCGAGCCACACGACUUGUCAAGUCCCAGCAGGGUGCAGGGAAAGAGUAUGUUUGUGUUGCCCGCUUGCAUUCAGCUGUGCCUGAUGUUGCCAAAGUGGCUCAGGCCCUUGAAUCUCUUACUGGGGCUGUCUUUCAGAGGCCACCUUUGAUAUCAGCAGUCAAGAGGCAGCUUAGGAUUAGGACCAUCUAUGAAAGCAAACUUCUUGAGUUUGAUGCAGAUAAACAUUUGGUCGUUUUCUGGAUUUCUUGCGAAGCAGGAACCUAUGUGCGGACGCUCUGUGUGCAUUUGGGUCUGCUGCUUGGUGUGGGAGGUCAUAUGCAGGAGCUUAGGAGGGUCAGGUCGGGGAUUAUGGGCGAGAAAGACAACAUGGUCACAAUGCAUGACGUCAUGGAUGCUCAGUGGGCUUAUGACACUAAUAGGGAUGAGAGUUAUUUGAGGAGGGUCAUCAUGCCUCUUGAGGUUCUCUUGACCAGUUAUAAGAGAUUGGUUGUCAAGGACUCAGCAGUGAAUGCCAUUUGCUACGGUGCCAAGUUAAUGAUUCCAGGGCUGCUCAGGUUUGAGAAUGAUAUCGAGGUUGGAGAGGAAGUUGUGCUGAUGACUACCAAAGGAGAAGCCAUUGCAUUGGGAAUUGCUGAGAUGACCACUGCUGUGAUGGCAACUUGUGAUCAUGGUGUGGUGGCAAAGAUUAAGAGGGUGGUAAUGGAUCGGGAUACUUACCCAAGGAAGUGGGGAUUGGGACCAAGGGCGUCCAUGAAGAAGAAAUUGAUUGCCGAAGGGAAAUUGGAUAAGCAUGGGAAGCCCACUGAGAAUACUCCGCAAGAAUGGAUGAGAAAUGUGGUUUUGUCUGCAGGUGGGGAUUCUAUUGUUGCAAGCACUGCUGCUGCGCUUGACACUGAACCUGCUGUGGCAGAGAAGGAGACCGCUCUCGUAGACAAGGAGAAGAAGGAGAAGAAGAAGAAAAAGGACAAACAUAAGGAUGAAGAGGAAAUUAAGGAGGGGCGUAAACGCAAACUAGAGGAACCCACAGAGAGCACUGUUCCGGUUCCUGCAAAGAAAAGCAAAGGUGAAGAAGUAGAGCCUGAAGUUGAGAAGUCCGAAAAGAAAAAGAAGAAAAAGGACAAAGAGAAUGGCACUGUGGAUAAUGUUGAAGCUGGUUCACCUGAAACAGAAAAGUCAGAGAAGAAGAAGAAGAAGAAGAAAAACAAAGACGCUGAGGACAAUGGUGCUGUGGCUUCUGCCGGCGCUGGUGAUGGCGAGGCUGAUAAGAGUGAGAAAAAGAAGAAACAGAAGAGUAAAGCAGAUGCAGAAGAUUAGAGGGACUUUGGAUUAGAAUCCUAGAGUGGCAGAACUUUGGAAUGUAUGCCCUUCUUUUAUUCCAUCUACAGAAAGUUUUCGUAACUGACUUCGGAAUUUUCAUCUCAUAUGUGUAAUUUUUAAUCGUUUUCCGCAGGACUAGUUUUUGUAGUUUAGUUUAUGUAUUGCAGGCUGUUUUUUCUUGGUUUUAAGCAUUUUCAAUUCACCAUUUUACAUGUUUCCUUUGCUUGUUUCUACUUUCUCCCUGAAAGAGGAAAAUAUGAAUGAAAAUACAGUUGCUAUA